AUGUCACAAACCAAAUUCUCAUCCUACUUUGCCAUCACUCGCAAAGUCAUCUGUUACAUUGUCUUGAGUAUUUACAGUCUAGCUUGUCUUUCCACUUGUGGUUUAAAUAUUGGAUGUGCUGUCACUUUUCCAAGAGAUUGUGAAUUCCAAUUCUCUGUCAGAUUGGACAUUGUCAUUUCAGUUUUUGCUUUUAUUAACUUUCUCUCAAGUGUUGCCGUCUUGAUUGUUCAGAUCAUUCACGACUCACAAAAGAUGGGUCCCAUCACCAUUGUCCGACUCAGAAUCGUAUUAUACUUGUGCACAACCUUGAUGUUCAUGUUUACUGGAAUGUGUUUAUUAUUGGAUCCAGUGUCAAUUUCCUUUGAGGAUUUGUAUACUGGAUCGUGUCAGAGAGGUGAAACUAAUGUGGAUAUUAAUGCUGCUGCCAUUGCUUUGGAUUGUCUUGCAUUUGUUUCAUUGUUUUGUUUUGUUUUUAUUUAUGGAUUUGAGUUUGUGAAUGGAGCACAAGAAAAAACCAAUCUUUCGCAAUAGAUGGAAGAUUUCAGAUAGAUUGAAAUGAAAAUAAAUCGACGCAUGUUUCUUCUGG